AUGCCGCCCUCGAAAUUCCCCGAGAUCCAGCCCGGCGGUUCCCUCAUCGUCGCAUGGCAGGCUAAGAACAAGCACAUCCUUGUGGUCGGCGGGGGUGAGGUAGCAGCCGGGCGCAUCUUUCACGGGCUCAACGCAGGCGCAAAGGUAACUGUGAUAAGCCCGUCCUCAGGCCUCAACGACGAAGUCUCCUACCGUAUCGCCUCCAAACAAGUCUCGCACAUCGACCGCAAAUUCGAACCGCAUGACCUUGAUCCGGAAAAGAACGAUGGCAUAGGGGUGGUAGAUAUGGUGCUUGUUGCCGUCGAUGACCCGGAGGCCUCAACGCAGAUCUGGAAGCUGUGUAAGGAGCUCAGGAUCCCUGCCAACAUAGCCGACGUGCCUUCAGAAUGUGAUUUUUAUUUCGGGAGCGUGCACCGGGAUGGGCCGUUACAGAUCAUGGUGAGUACGAAUGGCAACGGGCCGAAAUUGGCGAGCAUAGUUCGCAAACACAUUGCGCGGUCGUUACCAGGGAAUACUGGUGCUGCGAUCGAGAACGUGGGUCGAUUGAGGAGGAGGCUGAGAGACUUGGCGGCAUCACAGAAGGAUGGACCGAAGAGGAUGAAAUGGAUUUCCCGGAUAUGCGAAAUGUGGAGUCUGGAAGAGCUCGUAGAAAUGGAUGAGGAUGAUAUUGAGGCCCUGCUCGGCUACUAUCCUUCAGACAGAGUGCCGACGUUCGAACAAGUGCGUCUGGGAGAAUGUGCGGGCGUGACGGUAUUUGACGGGAGCAUGGGCUUCAGUUGCUAA